AUGGCAUCGCUUCUGUGCAAUGCCCGUGAGUGCCUUGGCAGGGGACCCAUGCUGCCCCCAGGCAUCCAGCUCACAGACACGCUGGAGCAGAUGCAGCAAGGGACUCUGAUGCGCAAAGUCAAGUCCAAGAGCUGGAAGAAGCAGCGUUAUUUCAAGCUUCAGGAUGACUGCAUGACCAUCUGGUACCAGUCCAAGAGGACAGGCAAAACUGAGUCUGCCUUCUCCAUCAGUGAUGUGGAGACAGUGAGGGAAGGACACCAGUCGGAGGUGCUGCAAAGUCUGGCUGAGGAGUUCCCCCCUGAGCGCUGCUUCACCAUUGUCUUCUAUGGCCGUCGGGGCAACCUGGACCUCAUUGCUGGCUCAGCGGAGGAGGCACAGUGCUGGGUCCAGGGCCUGCGCCAGCUCAUCGAAGUGGCCACCAGCAUGGACCAAAGGGAGAAGAUAGACCAGUGGAUUCGUGACUGGUUCCAGAAAGCUGACAAGAAUAAGGAUGGGCGCAUGAACUUCAAAGAAGUGCAGCGACUCCUCAAGAUGAUGAAUGUGGACAUGAAUGAGGAUCAUGCCUUGCGGCUCUUCCAGGAUGCUGACAAGUCAGAAUCAGGGACGCUGGAAGGGGAGGAGUUCGUGCUCUUCUACAAGGCCCUCACACAACGUGAUGAGGUGCUGAGCCUCUUCCAGGACUUUUCUGAGGAUGGGAAGAAGCUGACACUGCUGGAGCUGGUGGAUUUCUUAAGGCAGGAGCAACUGGAGAAUGAGGGCACAGAGGAGUUGGCCAUGGAGCUCAUCGACAAGUAUGAACCAUCUGAGACAGCCCGAGCUCUCCAUGUGUUGAGUGCUGAUGGGUUCCUCAUGUACCUCUGCUCCCCGGAGGGCUCCAUCUUCAAUCCCCGGCACCGGGCACUGUGGCAGGACAUGAGCCAGCCACUCUGCCAUUACUUCAUCUCCUCUUCCCACAACACAUACCUGAUAGAGGACCAGAUCCGGGGCCACAGCAGCAUUGAGGGCUACAUCAGGGCUCUGAAACGGGGCUGCCGGUGCCUGGAGGUGGAUUGCUGGGACGGGCCGAAUGGGGAGCCCGUGGUGUACCAUGGCCACACCUUCACCUCCAAGAUCCCCUUCCGGGAGGUGGUGAGCACCCUGGGAAAGUAUGCCUUCAAGACCUCAGAUUACCCAGUGAUCCUCUCCCUGGAGAACCACUGCAGCAUGGAGCAGCAGGAAGUCCUGGCUCAGCAGCUCAAGACCAUCCUGGGUGAACAGCUCCUCAUCGCCACCAUUGAUGGGCGAGUUCCUGCCCAGCUCCCAUCCCCAGAGGAGCUGAAGCACAAGAUCUUGCUGAAGGGGAAGAAGAUCGGGCGGCUGGAGGACACACUGGAUGGGCCAGAGGAUGAGGCGCCUGACGUGUCUGAUGAUGACAAUGGGGCAGAGGCAGAGGAGGAGAGGCGGAGGGUGAAGAAGGACAAGGAGACCCUGGCGCAGGUGUUGUCCGACUGUGUUGUCUACUGCAAGAAUGUGUCCUUCCGGGGCUUCCAGGAGGCCCGCAGCCAUUCCCGGCCCUCUGAGAUAUCCUCAUUCUCUGAGGCCAAGGCCAGGAAGCUCAUCCGGGAUGCAGGGAAUGAGUUUGUCCGCCACAACACCUGGCAGCUGACACGCAUCUACCCCAGUGGGAUGCGGACUGACUCCUCCAAUUACAGCCCCCAGGAGAUGUGGAACGUGGGGUGCCAGAUUGUGGCCCUGAACUUUCAGACGGCUGGCAUGGAGAUGGACCUGUGUGAUGGGCUCUUCAGCCAGAAUGGUUGCUGUGGCUAUGUGCUCAAACCACCUUUCAUGAGGGAUGAGGAGACUCUCUUCAACCCCAGCGACCCUGGCAGCUGGGAGGGCCCUGGCCCCAUCACUCUGACGAUCCAGGUGAUCAGUGGGCAGCAGCUGCCCAAAGUGUCCAACAGCAAGGAAGGAGCCAUCAUCGACCCACUGGUGCGUGUGGAGAUCCAUGGGGUCCCCGCGGAUCAGGCACACCAAGAGACCAAGUAUAUUGAAAACAAUGGGUUUAACCCCCGCUGGGAUGAGACACUGCAGUUCCAGGUCAAUGUUCCUGAGCUGGCCCUUGUCCGCUUUGUGGUGGAGGAUUACGACAAGGCAUCCAGGAAUGACUUUGUGGGCCAGUUCACCCUGGCCUUUGCCAACAUCAAACCUGGCUACCGCCACAUCCAUCUCCUCUCCAAGGACGGCACCAACAUCCCACCCUCUUCGCUCUUUGUCCACAUUCGCAUCAGCAAGCCACCUGGUCCCGAGCAGGACUGA